AUGCACGCCAACAGAAUGUUCCACGUGCCGACCUUUAUGGCUUCCCUUGAGCUCCUUCCGACUGACCCCCGAUUUCCCAGCCCCGCCAUCCUUCAUGCCAUGUGCGCGGUUGGCUGCUUAUACACCGCGACGCAAACGCAGAUCUUCCAAGAGCCUAUCGAUACUCCGUGUAAGUCUGCUGUAUAA